UCGCAUAACCUUUAAAGACAAUCACAAACCUCAUAAACAGUACUUUAAUAUAAAUAUUAAAUAUAUAGGUAUAAUUUUAUUUAAAAAAAAUAAUAAAUAACAAUAUUUGUAAAUAUGUCAAAUGCAUAUGAAAACUAUUACAACGAUUAUCAUAAAACUACAGAAUUGCAACAGAAUCUGAAAUACAAGAAGAAAUAUAAAAGAUUAAAAAGAAUUAUUAAGGAUACAGUGUUUGAAAAUGCAGCAUUAUGCGAUCAAGUCGCUCAAAUGCAGGAAAAUCUCAUACUUGUCAAAGAUGAGAGAUUAUUUUUAUUAAGAAAAUUAUGUCAACAACAGGGUGAAAUUGACGCCAAUUCAGUUUUAUCAAAACAAAGUAAUUUUAAUUCAUCGGCUGUGAAUAUUGACGGUGUAACUCCAAAAAAGAGUUCUAAAAAAAGAAAUUCAACUGAUGUUUCAGAAACGAAACCUAAACCAAAACGCACUAGUAAAGCAACGCGAAAGGUCGUUCAAAUAAUUCCAUUGGAUGUUCAUGGACGACCAAUAUUUCCAAUAAGUUUGGGAGAUCUCACCGUUUACUCAUUAGGCGAAGUUGUUUCAGAUCGAUUAACUUAUCAUUCAGAAGAUCUUAUUUACCCAGUUGGUUAUUGUAGUACUCGAGCUUAUGCUAGUUUAAGAGAUGCACGAAUUAAGAGUCUCUACACUUGUAAAAUAUUAGAUGGCGGUCCAAAACCGAGAUUUGAAAUAGUUGCUGACAAUGAUCUCGAUCAACCUUUAGUUGGCUCAAGUCCUGACGAAUGUCAUUCUUUAUUAUUAUCAGCGAUUUCUUCUGCUUUAUGUGCAAUUCCACCGAAAGGCGCUGAAUUCUUUGGAAUUUCACAUCCAACAAUUCAAAAUCUUAUUCAAAGCUCACCGGGAACGAGAAAAUUGGCUUUAUAUAAAUCACAACGUUUUGAGGUGAGUAAAAAUCAGACAAAUGAAAUGGCAUCAAAUUCAAUGAUGGAAGAGGAAACUGAUCCAAGUCUUGGAUUUGCAGCUUUACAUCGCCAUUUUGCUCUCACUAGUGGUUAUCGAAUUAAGGAAGAACCCAAUGAACAAGAUUUAUUAUCACUGCAAAAACUUAUCGCAUGAUCUAGUCAUUUAUUUUGUAUGUUGAAUCAUAAAUAAAUUUUUUAUCUAUACUUUGUAUGGUGUUCAAAAAAAAAAGGAAAAAAUACUUGAAUUUUCUUUUUAUUCAUUAAAUUAAGUAUUAAAUAAAAAGAAUUUUAUUUAUAAAUUAUUUAAACAAUAAAUUUAAUUAUUUCAUUUCUAAUUCAAGUAUAUAAAUAAAAAGUUUAAAUGAUAAAUUUCAUUAAAUCAUUAAUAUUUGUUAUAUAAUUUCGUUUCUAAUAAAAUAAGAAUAAUA